AGACACCAAACACUGCUUCACCGCGCGGCGCCGGCCCACAUGUGCUGCUCCGCGCCGGGAGACGUCGGACAUUUUGUAACUGGGUGAGCCCGGUGAGCCGCCGUGGAUCAGUUGAUUUCAGCUGCAUAUUGGUCGAUUUGUAAGCUUGCCUAGCUAUUCUUCAUGCUAAGGAAGACAACGAAGGUUUAAAUACAGAGGACAGUAACUUUGCAAGAGCUGUAAUGUCAGAUGAGGAGGGAGAGACACCACUUGUCAUUGAUCAGUCAUCCAAUGAUGGCCCUGAACAGCUUGGAGGCUCAGGGGAGAAGAUGGAUGCCAAACCAGCAGAGGAGAAUAUGGACAGCAAACCAGCAGAAGAGAAGAUGGAUGCCAAUCCAUCAGAGGAGAGGAUGGAUUCAAAUCCAGCACAGGAGGGGAUGGAUUCCAAUCCAGUAGAGGAGGGGAUGGAUUCCAAUCCAACAGAGGAGGGGAUGGACUCCAAUUCAUCAGAGGGGAGGAUGGAUUCCAGUCCUUCAGAUGAGAGGAUGGAUUCCAAUCCAGCAGAGGAGAAGAUGGAUUCCAAUCUAGCAGAGGAGAGGAUGGAUUCAAAUCCAACAGAGAAGGGGAUGGAUUCCAGUCCAUUAGCAGAGAGGAUGGAUUCUAAUCCAUCAGAAGAGGGGGAUGCUCCAUUGAAUCCAACAGAUACAGUGGCUGUAGAUACUGGUUCUGUAGAGGCAGAGUCUGAAAUGAAGGAUGCUGUGGUUGGAGAAGACAAGUCAGAUGGCAUGGAUGUGACACCAGGUUCUUCAGCACCAGAGACUGAGAGCAAACAGCAUGAGGUACAGCCUGAACAAACGGCCCCAGAGAAUAUCCCCAAGAGCAGUGAAAAUGCAGAGCCAUCUAACAUAGCUAAAGACCCUAAAAAUGACACAGAAUGUGAUGGCCCUGAGGAGAAAUCAGUCCCCAUGGAUGCAGCUGACAACCCAGUCGCUCCCCUGGAAGAAAAGGAAGUCUGUGCUGUAAAAGACAGUUCUUCAGCUGAUCACACCACUACUGCUGCAUCAGCACCCCAGGAAGACUCUCCAAUAGAAGAUUCUACAACUGGUGAAUCAAAUGUUGCAGAGGCAGCAUCCCUGGACAAGCCCUCAGACUCCUCCUGCAAGGUGAUAUCUGAUACAAGUGACACCCCUUCCAGUAACUCUCAGCCCACUACCAACUCUGGUGAUGCCACCACUGGCAGUGUUGCUGACAGCACUGGUGAUGCUGAUGGUGCUGGAACCGCCACCACAACCACUCCUGCUGCCGAUCCAGUGGCACUGUCUACUGUCACCACAGGCACCCCUACAGUCAGCCCUGUCAACACCCCAUCUGUCACCCCCGCCGACACCCCAUCCGGCGCCCCUGCCAGUACCCCGUCCACCGCCCCCACCGAAACACCCGGCGCCGGAGGUACCCCUCGGUCACGCGUCACCCGCUCCCGCAACCCUGACUUCGCUGCCAAACAGAAAAGCUUCAUGAGGAAGUUCCACCGGAGUGUCAGCGGCGGAGGCGGUGGAGGGGCCAGUCCGGCGCCCGAUGGGACGCCGGGUGCCCCGCGCUCAGAGAAGCGGGCAGCCAGCGAGGACUCUGUUCCGCCGGCGAAGCGCCGGAAACUGAGCGAGGCCUCCGAUGAACCGCGACCGUCGGACACCGCCGCUAACACCAGUGCGGCAAAAAGGAAGAAGGGCACGCCCAACGACAACUUCUGCUGGGUGUGCCACCGCGAGGGUCAGGUGGUGUGCUGCGAGACGUGCCCGCGGGUGUUCCACCUCAAGUGCGCGCAGCUGUCGACCGACCCUCCCGGCGACUGGGUGUGCGUCGAGUGUCAGCGCGUGGUGUUGGCCGAGUCGUCGGAGCGCCGGUUGCCCCCCGAGCGGCUCCAGCAGCUCAUCAUGUUCGCGCUCGGACGGCUCAAGGGACUGCCCGGGGCGGAGCCGUUCCUGCAGCCGGUGGACGAGCGCAAGUUCCCCACCUACCGCGAGUUCGUCGCCUGGCCCAUGGAUUUGUCCACCAUGGAGAAGAACGCCGAGCGAGGCCAGUACGGCUCCACGGCCGCGCUCAUCGCCGACUGCAAGUGGAUCCUGCACAACUGUAUUCUCUUCAACGGCACCGGGAACAAGCUGACCACGCUGGCCAAGUCGCUGGUGCGCAUGUGCAAGUGGGAGAUGGAGGAGAUCGAGACGUGCCCCGACUGCUACGGCAACGCCUACCUCAGCGACAACUGGUUCACACUGGCCUGUCCGCACCCUCAUCUCCUCAUCUGGGCUCGGCUGAAGGGCUUCCCCUUCUGGCCGGCCAAGGCGGUCAAGACCAGAGACGGUAACGUCGACUGCCGCUUCUUCGGCCGACAUGACAGAGCCUGGGUUCCGGCCAAGGAGUGUUUCCUGUUCUCUCGGGAGCCGCCGGUGACGCCCAAAAACCGCACCAAGAGUCUGGACGCCUGCGUGGAGGAACUUGAGGAGCAUGUUAAGAAUCUCGAGAAGCGGUUUGGUGCCUACAAUUUCGCCAAGCCGAAGACACAGUACAACCCGAAACGGGUGCAGGCCCAACUUCUCAUGACCAUUCCGGGGUACGGAGGUCGGGACGCGGAGACGAAGCCUGCCUCGGAGCGAUCCGGGGUGAAGCGGUCCAACAGUGACAUCCAGCUGGAGAUUCUGGAUCGGCUGAGACAGGACAAGAAGGCUCGGCAGGCGGGUGGCGAGCCGGAGCCACCGGCGCCCGAGCAGUCGGCGGAGGGUGGGGCGGACGACUCGGCGGAGGCCGGGACGGGCGACUCGGCGGAGGCCGGGGCAUCCGAGCAGUCGGCAGAGACCGCAACGGCCGGAGAGGACGACUCGCCGAAGGCCGGAGAGGGCGACUCGCCGGCGGCAGAGGUGACACAGCCCGUCCAGCCCCCCACAGACAGCGCCGAUAAGGACACCGGGACGGCGGCUGGUCCAGCCAAGACUGCCGCACCGGCGGCUAGUGCGGCCGAGACCACCGAACCGGCGAACAGGUCAGCCGAGACUCCGGUCGCAGCGGCCACUCCUGAACCAUCUGUACCGUCAGCCGAUCCUGCCGAGUCGUCUGCACCGGCGGCUGACGAGUCGGAAGGUGAGCAGCGGGUGAAGCGCGCCCGGACCGAGAGCAGGGACUCGGACCUUGCGGAGACCAAAGACGCUGCCGAGGAGACGGCGGAAACGGCUGACUCAGUGGACACAGUGGAGGAGACUGCCAGUGCUGAGCCGGCGGCUACAGAAGAACCUGUGAAGGCGGCCAUAGCCAAGACCAAGACAGAAACGACGAAGACGAAAGCCAGGACAGAAGGGGCGAAAGCAGAGCAUUCCAAGAAGGCCAAAGUGGCAGGGACUGCGAAGGCUGACCCUCCGAAAGCGGCGACGGCGGCGGAGCCGGUGGUGGCGGUGAAGACAGAGCCAGUGCAGUCGCCGGCGCCGGUGGUACGACUCUCCUCCAACGAGGAGGAGAAGGAGCAGCGCCCUCCGCCGCGCCGACGCACCGCCCGCAAGUCGCUCUCAGCCGCCGCUACCGCCGCAGCCUCCGCUUCCUCCUCCUCGGGUGCUCCCUCCGCCUCGCCGGCGACCGCGAAGGCCGCGGCGCCGUCCAAGUCCGGCUCCAGCUCCUCCGCCAAGUCGGCCUCGAAGUCUGACGGCAGCGGUCUGUCGGCGAGCCGGUUCCUGUCCCGUCUGAGCACCGGCGCCGCCAACAAGGCCUGGCAGCCGACGGGUGCAUCCACCACAGUCACCGUGGCCAAGUCGCCCCGCACCCCGGCGACAGCGGCGCGCUCAACCGCGGCGGCGGUGAAAACGGUGGCGGCCGGCGGAUCUGCCACGAUCCAUGUGUCCAAAGCGAUCAAGGCCGGCGCGGCGACCAGCAAUGGCGUGGCGCAGCAGGUGCUGACCGCCCCUCUGCGGCCCAAGCUGAUCACCUCCACACCACGACCGCCAGUCACCUCCACCCCCACGGUGCAGCAGUCCAUCAUCGUGAACCGGGCCGGCGCGCGGCUGAUGAUCCCGCGCGCCUCGCUCUACCUGCCGACCGGCUCGGCGGCCGGCGGCGGCGCGCUCACCUCCACGGCUCCGCUCACCUCCAUGAUGGUGAUCCCGGGCGGCCUGGCGACGGCCACCAACGGCACGGCGCUGGUCACCUACCCGGCCGUCAGCUCGGCGGCCAAGGCGCCCAUCGCGCACUCGGAGACCGGGCCCGUGACGGCCGCCGUCGACCGGCUGGCCCAGGAGCUGACGGCCAAGAUGCGAGACGGCGUGGAGCGAAUACUCGCCGAGACGGCGACCUCGGGUAGCACGGCCGCCUCCGUCGCCCGGCUCAAAAUGGAGAUGGAGCGCAUGGAGUGGAGGCACAGGGCCGAUUUGGCAGAACAGAAGAGAACCUUAGAGACCCAAAUCUCUGAGCUGCGGACGGCGCUGACCAAGGAGCAGAAGAAGUCCGCUGCCAAGCUCAGCUCGGCGCUGGCCGCCGAGGCAGAGACCUGGGAGCGUCUGCUCGAGAAGCGUAUUGCCGAGACCAAGAAGAAACAGUGGUGCGCCAACUGCGGCAAGGAGGCCAUCUUCUACUGCUGCUGGAACACCUCCUACUGUGAUUUCCCCUGCCAGGAGGCCCAGUGGCCGAAGCACAUGCUCACAUGCGCUAACCAGCAGGCGAACAACGCGGCGGCGGCGGACAGCGGCGGAGACGAGGAUGGUCGGGGUCUGUCGGCGUGAGCCGGCCUCUGGCCCCGUUACCAGACGGUGUGAGCCGGCUCCUCCGUCAGCGGACGGUGUGAACCGGCCUCCGCCCUCAAACUGACGCUGUGAACCGACGUGUAUGGCGCCGCGAGCCCCCGCCGCGCGCGCCGUCAAAUGGCUGUGUCUCCGCGGCGGCUGUGUUCCGCCCGCUUUCAUCAUUGUUCAUCGUAUCGCUGUCGCUUCACCGGGCACUGUGUAUUUCGCUGUUCUCUGUUUGUGGGAGAGCUUGCGGACAGAAGUGUCGAGACUAAUGACCUUUUACUGCUCAGGUCGGGCCAACGCCUGUGCUGUGUCUGCACAACUUGGUAACAAGGCCUUUGUUGAAAUAUAUCGUUUAUAUUAU